ACUUGUUUUAACGUGAUGGAGGUCCGUCUAUUUCUACUGGACACAACACAACUUGGAAGACCUUCCAAUUUCCAGGCGAAAAUGUCAAAAUCUCCAUUAUCCUUGUUGGCGUUUCUAUUCUUCAUUCUUCAAUUUUCAUGUCCAGUUUCCUCAAUCAGAAAAGAUUCAAGUCUUCAACACAAACACACCUGUAAAACUACAGUUCAAGGAAGAUACUUAAUCGCUGAUGAUAUAGGUCAAGUUUGCGAUGCCCUUUCCAUCGAUCCAAUUUCUCGCUGUUGUCCUGGCAAACUAGAUCAAUUCUCCUGUAACGGUUGCAAUCUCAUCUCACAAUGUUGCAAUUCCUAUGAAUUUUGUGUUUCUUGCUGUUUGAAUCCAUCUAGAACACAAAAACAUCUAGCUCUAGGGGUUAAAAUAGCUAAACCUACAACAUCAGGGACUUAUUCGACACUUUUCGAUUUUUGUAAGGGUAGAUGUCGACAUAAUUCAGAAAGUGUGGUACAUGAAAACGCAUACUUAAGUGAAUAUCAUCAUUGUUUCUCUAUACCAACAUCUAACACUUCAUCUAGCGUACAAACUGAAGUGAGAUUAGCUGGAAUUAAUAUUGUGAUUGGGAAACAAGGGGAAUCGUGUGAUUCGGUGUGUAAAUCAAGUGGUUUAUCGUGUGUUCCGAAUAAAUUUAUGUUGCUUAAUCAGUGUGAAAUGAUGCAUAAGUAUUUGAGUUGUAAAGGUGGAUGUUUGUCAAGUGUUGGAGCUGAUCAACCUGCUGAAGUUGUUGAUGAUGCACCGAGAGAUUUGAAUCCUGGAGCGUGUUUGUAUACGUCGCAAGUAAAUAUGUUGUCUUGUGAUGGAUCUCAUCAGCUUACGAAGAGGCUAUGUCCGUGCGCCUAGUUUGGUGAAUUUCGCGUCCUCAAUCUGUAUUGAUUUAAUCUAUCAUUUUCGAUAUAUGUGUCUUACUUUCCUAUGUCAAUUUUUUUUUAUAUUUAGUAACUCUUUUAACUCUAACAUGUAACAUGACAUGUUUAAGAACACUUAAACAUUUUAUACACCUUUAAUUUAAGACCACAAGAUUUAUGAA